GAGACACCAGAUGUCAGAAAAUUCAAGGGUGGCAAUCCUGAGUAUUUGGAUAUGCUAAUAGAGUUAUUUCAAGGUGUGGCAGUUGAUGGAUCAUCAGCUUAUGUGCCCUUAGAUGAAGAUGAAGAAGAAGAAUAUGAUGUUGCCGAUGUUGGAAAUGAGCAGAGUCCAAUGAGCACCACCAGCAAGAAGAGGGGCUGCAGCGGCGGCGAACAGACAGCUACAAGCCCAGGAAAGAAACACAAGAGCCCAAUGGUGAAACUAAUGACAGGGCUCAUCAAUACUAUGAAUAGUGAGAACACUUCUGACAUGAUCACUGAAUAUGCAAACAAAAGGCAGGAAGCAAAGGACAAGGCAAUGGAGAAGAAAUCAAACAGCACUAAGGAAUCCAUUAAUCAUUGUCAAAUGUUGGCAGUUAAAUGUGGUGCAGAAGAAACAAGUGUUGAGUACUUCAUGGCAACUCAACUGUUUGCAGAUGAGGAUGAUGACAGCAGUGUUGAUGGAAUCAGCAGUGAUGAUGGGAGCAGCAGUGAUGAUGAAGCACUGAUGUUGUUCAUGCACCAAAAAAGGAAGAGAAGAAUGAUGCAGAUGGCCUGCAUGAUUG